AUGUAUGAUAUUUCUCGUUGCAAUUUGCAAUUUUUAAAUGACGAAGAGAAAAUACCAAUGACAUAUGAUGAUGAUAAAAAGAAAACACCAAUGACAGAUGAUGAAGAAGAAAAAACGCCAUCGAUACCAGAAAAAACAACACAAAGAGCAGUACGUAAACAGAAAACUCCCAAACGAAUGGCACUUUCCACCGAUCAUGUCUGGCAAUGUUUAAAGAAUUCAACAUUAUUGGACAAGUUACCAGAAGGUGUUUUGGUUAAUACAUUAUACCCGUUACGUUCAACUGAAAAAGAAAUGUGGAGAAUCAAAGAAUUAGAGUUGGGUUUUGCGUUCAAAUGUUCAAUUACAUCAAAUGUAAUUGAGGGAAUGAACCGUCUUUACAAAGAAGCAACCGAAUGGAAAGAAUUAUCUCUGGAUCGUCUGUUGUUAGUGCUGAAUAAAUUACAAGGUUAUUUUAUUAAUAAAUGCCAACGUACUUAUUAUAUUUUAGGUGAAUUUGAAUUAAGAUCGGAAUAUUAUCAACUGAAAGUUAUUAAUGUACUAUGUGUAUUGGGUACUUUACUAUCAUAUGAUUCUAGAAGAACUGUUGCUGAAAUCAAAGAAGCGGAGGAAGCUAACGACAGACAAGAAACACAUCGGCCAAAACCAAUAUCAACAGUUGCGCUGUCGAAAAUCUUAUUCCCAGACACUGCUGGCACCUCAUCGGGUCAAGCACCCAAAACAGUGUUGCCAGUGAAGAAGAAUAGAGCUGCCAAAGUGAGUAUACAAUAG